GUCUGAGAUGUCCUCUAUACUUUCGCCAUCAGAGUCUCUCGCCUUCAAUGGCUUUCUCUCUUCCGUCGACGUCGGCGACGUUCUCGAAUGGAGUGGUCUCAACUCUGCCAAUCUCGCAGAACAUCUCCAGCCUCCAAGGGGUAAGGAGGCUCUCGCCAAAGCUACCAAGGACCUCAUGAGCCUUGAGGCACCCGAAUUGUCGUUUGGAGCGAACAAUGCCGGUAAUAUACAUAAUCCUGCAAAGGAGGGGGUCUCAGCAUCGACGAGCAUAUCGACCAUGGGAGCGCCGGUGACGAGUGUCCAAAGAUCGACCGCGACUGCGCCAAAUUACUGGCCUGGUUUUGGAUCAGACCCUCCCGCAUCAUCACAACGUCAAUAUACUUAUGGGUUCGGUGCCCAUUCGCAUGAUUACCGACCUUCGUCAUCUUCACCCACGUCUUCAUCUCGAGUGCAGGAUCCUUGGUCAUCAUCUCACUUCCCCGCACCACUUCCGCAUUCCCAAUCCGAUUCUUCACUACGACAUCAUAGGCCUUCGUCGCCUUCACCGUUUGUCCUACCGCCUAUACCAGACCAUGCACCGUACUCCUACCAACAACCUUCACAUAAUAAUACUCGACCGCCGUCAAUAUCAUUACAGUCAGCACCAGCGGUUAUCCCACCAUUCUCCAAUUCCAAACGAUCCCACCCGCAAGACCAUGACGCCGACUUGACGUCUACUAAGCGACGGAGACCAUCCACAGCAGAUGUUGAAAUGAAGCCGCCACCCAUUGUUACUCUCGCACCCUCCACAUCCAAUGCAUCAUCCUCGCCUCCCUCAUCCACGGCAACCCCUACUUCCGAGCACGCUGGACCUCAGUCAAGACAAUCACUACUGAGUCCCUCGCAGAAACGCGCGAACCAUAUUCAGAGUGAACAGAAACGUAGGGCGAAUAUCCGGAGAGGCUAUGAAGCGUUGUGUGAGGCCGUGCCUGCGCUUAGGGAGGCGAUCAAGCUGGAGGAAAGUGGGAGCUUAAACGGUCUUGAAUCAUCUUCCUCAAAGUCGGCACCUUCGAAGAGAAAGAAGAAAGGCAAGGGUGCUGCAGAAGCUGCUGCCGUCGAAGAGGUCCAGGACAAGGCAGGUUUGGACGGGAGAGCAGGGCCUAGAAGCGAAAAUGUCGUCUUGCAAAAGACCAUCGACCACUUGAAUGCCUUGCUGAAUGAACGUACGGAACUCCUACAGCGAUUACAGUAUGCUCGGAACCUCCUCCCCUCUAAUCAUCCCGCCUUGGUCGUCUCGCCAGAGCAUCUGGAUUCGCAAACCGGGGUUCCGCUAUGGGAUCGGGAGUGGGGUGGAGGUACUGGGUUAGGUGCCGAUGGAGAUGGAGAUGAUUGAUUCCAAGUUCCUGGACGGGAUAAACUAGCGGAGAAAAAGACCAAUCAAGACGAACGAAGAAAGGAUGAUAUUGUACGAUUGUAUAACUAUAGCUAAUUCCCCGGCCGUAUACCUCACCUUAGGCCUGCUCGUAUUUUGCUUCUAUUGCUCAUGUUGCACAUGUUGUUGUUUUUUGCUUGUACUUUAGCUUUGCUUUCGGCUUGCACACCCCUUUCGACGAACGCUUUGUUCUAUCUAUACAUUCAUGACUUUUGAUGACGGUUUCUUUCCUACUUGCGUAGCUUCAUGCCAUCAUAAUAUUUGCGGGAAAUGCUGUGAUAGUAGAAGGUGUGACGUCGAUACUGCAUCUGACUCCGGAUGGGGACUUACUAUCGCAUUUUCUCUUCAUCUACAUACGAAAGCAAUAGAUUGCAUAGUAUAGUAGUUUACCGGACUAAAAUCUACCCUAUGUAUGUAUAUCUACCCUAAUCAUGAGACUUUAGUCUAAAUUGCAGCCAGUGAUCGAUCG